GCAGGUUUGGCAGUUAUCGACUCUCAUGGUAGCAAGAACGUUGCUUUACUUAUGUCAGUGUUUGAAAACUAUUUGGAUAAACCUGCUACGCCAACAGAAACUCAUGAUCGUAUUCGUGAAUCUGUUGUUAUUUGGUUUGGUGCUUUGGCGAAGCAUUUAGAUCCUACAGAUUCAAGAAUUCCUGUGAUUAUUGAUAAAUUACUUGAUGCACUAAAAACUCCCUCCGAAGCCGUUCAAGUAGCUGUUGGUGAUUGUUUACCGCCUUUAAUCAAGUUUAUGAAAGAUAAAGCACCAGAUUUGAUUUCUGGUCUGCUUAAUAAGUUGUAUCAUUCUGAAAAGUAUGCAGAGAGAAGGGGUGCAGCAUAUGGUUUAGCUGGUAUCGUAAAAGGCACUGGUAUUUCAUCUUUGAAAGACUGUAAUAUAAUAACUGUGUUGAAGCAAGGUGUAGAUAAUAAAAAGGACUAUAAAUUUCGACAAGGUGCUCUCUUUGCAUUCGAAACAUUAUCACAAAGUCUGGGACGUCUUUUUGAACCCUAUGUUAUACAAAUAUUACCGCUGUUGUUAGUAUGUUUUGGUGACACUCACCCUGAUGUUAGAGAAGCAACGUCAGACACAGCUAGAGCUAUUAUGAGCAAACUAAGUGGUCAUUGUAUUAAACUUAUUUUACCAACGCUACUGGCAGGAUUAGAGGAUCGCCAGUGGAGAACAAAGAAGGGAUCGAUCGAAUUGCUGGGGUCAAUGGCUUUUUGUGCACCUAAACAACUAUCGAUUUCCCUUCCUACCAUAGUUCCCCGAUUAACAACUGUACUUUCAGAUUCACAUAAGGAU